GUCCAAUGAGCAAACUCGUGGCGUGUUUUCUCUCUUUUCCAACCGCAUUGCAACCAAGUUUGCAGUGAUACAAAUCCAUCCAGCUUUACGGGACACUUUGCGCUCCGGUCUUGUUUACGAGUUUCGUAAUCGGAUAGUAUUUUGUUUCGGCUCGGAGUCUCGGAGAGGAAGAGAGGUCCAGAUCGGUUUGCAGCUGCAGGUUCUGGUCUAUUCCUUUCUUUCCUUCUUCUGGAGACCAUUCCCUGUCCUGCUGAGUUAACGUUACAUGUCUGUGGCUUUAUAUGGUCAUAAGUGAUUAUUUUCUUUGGUAAACCUGUUUAGACUACGAGGAUAAUCCUGUUUGUGGUGAAUGAGCAGCAGAAAGACCUGGGCUUGCUCUGAAAGCAGGAGAGAGAGAGAGAGAUAGAGAGAGAGAGAGAAGAGGAGCUGCUAGAUUUUAGUGGACUUCUGUGAGGGCUUAGCUUAACUAGUUACAGUCAGUCAUCAUCCAGGGCACUGAGUAGCUAACGUUAGAUUAGGUUAACCAAGGUUAGCUAGCUUAGUUUAACUAGCUAAGCUAGUUUAUAUGUUGGAGUGUGUUUAGGUUAAUAUAUUUUCCUUGUUUUCCUCUCAUUUUUAAUUCUGUUGUGUCAUGGGACAUUUUUUCUGACUAGUUUGGGUAGUUAACCUAAGUUAGUGGAUUUAAAUUCCACCAUAUAGCCAACAAGGUUAUCUAUGUUAACUCUUUAUCACAUCAAGUUUUUACAUAACGUUAGCUAGCUAACGCUAAGUAAGCUAGUGCAGUUCUAGUUUUCUACACUUUCACAAGUUUGCCCCCAAACGUAGCUAGGUUAACCACAUUUCCACUUGGACUAAAGUCAUUUGUAUCACUGCACAUUUGUUUUUGCUUCUUUGCGGCCUCCCAAAAAACAAUUUUACUAAAUUUAAGUAAGAAAACACCCAGUUCUGUCUAAAAAUGCCCAAAAAUCGAGCUGGCCCUCACAAGUUUUCUCUGUCUCACCCUCAAACACCCAAGCUCUCCUAUGGUUAUAAGUCCAAAAUGAAUGUGGGGAGAAGUGGCUACCGGGUCUUUUCUGCGAACUCCACACCAGCUGGCUCUGAACUCGCCAAGCAGAUCACUGAGCGUCUUGGUGUGGAGUUGGGAAAAUCAGUGGUCUACCAGGAGUCAAACAGAGAGACCAGAGUGGAUGUGAAGGAAUCAGUGAGAGGACAGGACAUAUUCAUCAUUCAGACCAUGCCCAGAGAUGUGAACACAGCAAUAAUGGAGCUGCUGGUGAUGGCGUACGCACUGAAGACAUCCUGCGCCAAGAACAUUAUCGGGGUCAUCCCAUAUUUCCCCUAUAGCAAACAGUGCAAGAUGAGGAAGAGAGGCUCCAUUGUCUGCAAGCUGCUGGCCUCCAUGCUCGCUAAAGCUGGCCUGACUCACAUCAUCACUAUGGAUCUGCAUCAGAAAGAGAUCCAGGGCUUCUUCAGCUUCCCUGUUGACAACUUGCGAGCUUCACCCUUUUUACUGCAGUACAUUCAGGAAGAGAUUCCAGACUACAGAAAUGCUAUUAUAGUUGCAAAAUCCCCCUCGGCUGCAAAGAGGGCUCAGUCGUAUGCUGAGAGGUUGAGGUUGGGUUUGGCAGUGAUGCACGGUGAAGCCCAGUGUGCUGAGUCAGACAUGGCCGACGGUCGGCAUUCGCCCCCUGCAUUCAGACCCUCCUGUGGACCCCCCGGCCUUGAGCUGCCCUGGAAACACCAAGCUCCAUUUCCUGGCAUCGAGCUUCCAAUGAUGAUGGCCAAAGAAAAACCGCCCAUCACAGUUGUGGGAGAUGUUGGGGGUCGAAUUGCCAUCAUUGUGGAUGACAUCAUCGAUGAUGUGGCAGACUUUGUAGCAGCAGCAGAGAUCCUGAAGGAAAGAGGAGCAUAUAAAAUCUACAUCAUGGCCACCCAUGGCCUGCUCUCAGCGGAUGCUCCUCGCCUCAUAGAGGAGUCUGCCAUAGAUGAGGUGGUUGUGACCAACACUGUCCCCCAUGAGGUCCAGAAGCUACAGUGUCCCAAGAUCAAAACAGUGGACGUCAGUAUGAUUUUAGCCGAGGCCAUCCGGCGCAUCCACAACGGCGAGUCCAUGGCCUACCUGUUCCGCAACGUCACUGUGGAUGACUAGCCCCAGGCUUUAGGAAGUCCCUCGGCUGAUUCGGGACCAGUUUGGGGUCUUUGUUUUUUUGUGGUGGUCUGGGAUUUGAAGGAUGGACAGUAACUCUGUGCAGUACUUGGAGACCAGCCACUGACCCGGGGCCUGUUUUCUUAAAAGCAUGACAGUAUUAAAACCUUCCUCAUGAGGAAAUUCAUGCUUGCAGUGCUUUGCUCAGCACAGACCUCUAAUUAUCAGUAUAUCUGUCUUAGUAUUCCACAGGUAUGGAAAGAGAAGGAGCUGGAGAUGAUGGAGUCUACAGCAUUCCAUUUGGAGUCCUACUCUAAAGUACAGAGCACAGGCUGAUGUAAACGAUGCUGUGCCACACAGAAACCACUUCUAAACAUCUUCUGAAUUACUGAACUUGUUGCUGGUCAGUAAAUCAAGUUAAUCUUCAUAACAGCAUUAUAUUGUCAUAUCCUUCACACCAGUAACCACCAACGAUCGCAGAUGCCUGGUUGGUGUGUUUCUCUCGUAGAAUGUUCUUUCCUCCAUUCACAAUAUUCUAGUGUUUUCCUCCAUUCACACAGUUUUAGAAUAUUUGUCACCAAUUCACCUCCUUGUCUAUUUACACUUUUCUAGAAUUGUCUUCAGUCAUUCAUGUUGUCCAUUUAGUGUUUUGGAAUGUUCUUCAUCCCUUCACUCUGUUCUGCAAUGUUAUUCCUCUAAUCCUCUACCCAUGCUGUCCUAGAAUGUUCUUCACACAUUCACAUAAGGCAUAACGGAGAAAUCUUUAGAGAAAUGGACUUGGGGUGAAGUGAAACAUCCACCUCCGUUCAGCCCCAGCAUUCCAAAACAGCAAACAGGCUUACAAUGCUAGCGUUGCCUGUGCAAAGAAAUGGCUAUUUUUACACCAUUAACAAGCUCAAAGUUGCUCCACACUUUAAUGGUAGAAUUCUGAGGGCCCUGACAUUUGAAACAAGCCACUUAGAACUUUAAAAGUUCACAUGUAUGUUGUUUAUUAAGAAACUUUUUUUAUACACACAGUAGCUUGAGGUUGUUCUCUGGGUGAAUAUGAAUGAAUAUUCUAAAGAUAUUUUUAGCAAUGAUGCAUUUCCAUGGAGGUAAUGGUUCAUGCAGUCUGUUAUCCUAUGAUACCAAUUCGUUCGUGCUAGUCAGUAAAUUUAUCUUGACUUAAUUUCAAGAUGGCAGCACCCAGUGAACUACCUUAAGGUACUGUGGGUAUAAACAGUCAACUAAAAGAGAUGUAUUUCAGGGCUGUCCGACAGAAGUUCUUACUCAUUUUCAUGUUUCACAAAAUCCAAGUCCACUUCACACCGGAUUUCUCCUUUAAUUCAUGUCUGGGAAAGUGCUUUUUAACGUUCCCCCAGCUCUAAUGUACGACCUUUAACUCAGUAAGGGUUUCUUCGUUAACUGAUUAGUUGGAACAGGUGUAUUAAAGCUUCGGGCUUUAAUACACCUGUUCCAACUAAUCAGUUAACGAACAAACCCUUCCUGAGUUAAAGGUCGUACAUUAGAGCUGAAAAACCAUAGCACUAAAAAAAAAAUCUGGCAAAUAAGUUUGGAAACCACUGUUCUAGAACGAAACAUAUAUAAUUCACUGUGUUCACUUUUUAUAGUGUUCUCCUUCAGUCACACUGUUCCAACACGUGCUUCCUUUAUUCACACUAUUCACUUAAUCCAUUCACGCUGUUCUUAAAUCUAUUUCCCUCAUUCAACCUGGAAGUGAACACUAUAUAACAUUGUGAAUGGAGAAACUACAAGUUUUAAAUAGUCAGUUGCCUUUUUUUGUUCUUCAUUCACAUUAUUUAGGACAUUCUAAACCUUGGAUAAGGAAGGAAGUUCUCCUCCUCUUUACAUGGUUCUCAAAUGCCCUCCAAUGCAUCUGUUUGUUUUAGUUCAUAUCAAACAAACAAACAAAAAAUAAUUUCGAAUGUUGGGUGUUAAUUAAUGGGUGGAUGCUGGGUUACUGUGCUCUGGAGUUUACAGUUAUGGUCUUCAUGGUUUCACAGGUUCGGUGAAACCACAGUAAACAGAGAUCUCGAGAUAUUGUUUCUAAUGAUCUCUGGUACAUUCCUUCAUUCGCACAUAUGCAGUGAGACCAAGGCUCCAUGCACUGCGUAUUAGCAGUAUUCUCCUCUGUUCUGUGUCUGUCUGUUGUAAUGUAUGAAGACAAUGAACCAAUAAACCACCUUGUGUGUUAAACUG